UGGACCUGUGAAUGCGCGAUGCUGGUUGGAAGGAGACCCGUGUGGUGGAAUUGGUACGUCUCUCUCCGCCAUUUCCUUCUGAUGCCUGGCCUUGGUGGGACGUUCUGGGAGUGACCCUGCCUCGCUCUCUAUCAGCAGCGGGACGGUCCCUCCAAGCAAUGGAUGAAUCCCCAUCGUGGUUCCGGAAGCUGCUUGCCUGGAAGGACGCAGAAGAAGAAGGUCAGCCGAUCGUGCCGAAGGGCCCGGGCGCGGCGAAGGAAAAGUCCUGCUACGCCAGCAUCAAUGCCGGAGAGGCGGCGGAUGCCUCCGGUGUGCCUGGUGCCAGCAUCGCCAGCCGAGGCUCCGUCACCUGCCCGACCUGCCAGGGCACCGGGCGCAUUCCCCGAGAGCAAGAGGAGCAGCUUGUGGCCCUCAUUCCAUACGGGGACCAGCGGCUGAAGCCCAGACGGACGAAGCUGUACGUCACCAUCACGGUAGCCGUGUGCCUGCUGAUGACGUGUCUCAUGAUGUACUUCCUGUUCCCGCGCUCCAUUGCCGUGGUCCCAGCAGGGCUCCGUGCCUCUGCCGUCUCCUUCGACAAUUCCUCUUACGCCAUCAUCCUCAACAUGACCAAUAUGCUGAAUGUCACAAACAACAACUUCUACACGGUACGCGUGGCUCAGCUGGCCAUCGAAGUGUUGCACAAGGCCCUGGUGAUUGGGAAGAACACGGUGAUGACCCGCCUGGAUAUCCCACCCCUGCAAGGUGCCCAGAUCCUUUACACCGUCUCCAGUAGAAUUCUGGACNUCUCCUGCAGCAAUAUCUGCACGUGGUCCAGGAUAAAGGUGCACAAUGUCCUCCUGCACAUACAGGGUACCCUGACGUGCUCCUACCUCUCUCACUCGGAGCAGCUGGCCUUCGAGAACUACCAGUAUGUGGACUGCAGGGGCAACGCCACCCUCCCCGGGAGGUCCCGAUCCCAGAGGUCUCUGUGGAGGUCCUGAGGCCCCAGAGGGGGGGCCCUGCCCUGCCGCUGGAGCAUCUUUUCCCUCCCUCUUGGGAAGGGUGGAGUCUGAGCUGGGGAAGGUGGGCACAGGCGCAGCCGGGACCCGGUCCUGCCACUUCUGCGGCAAGAGAAAGCGGGUCAGCGAUGGAGGGAGAUCUGUGGACAUCAGGGGACAGUCUGUGUCUUGGACAACCAGCAGAAAUGGACCCAGGUGUGGAAGAAAAGGCAGAGGGAACCCAAGAUGAAGCCACGGGAUUUUGUGGUGGAAUUGAGAAAGACAAAUUGCCUGGCUUGUGGCUGCUCCCCUGGGCCUUCUGGAAAUGUUUCUGGGAGGCAGAGACUAGUGAAAGGGCCUCACCCGCCUGGGUCUGGCUUUGGAGGGCCAGCGAGAGGGACCUUCGAAGGUUUCCUUGGACUUUGCACUCCCUUAUUUGCUGGAGCCAAGCCCUGCUUCUCACAAGACUUCCCUCUUCUUCUCCGCCCCCGCCUCUCCUCGGCCACCAGAUCAGUGCAGCCGUCUUUGAAGACUGUCCUCGCCCUGAAGAUGCUCAGAAAGCCGCAGAUACCUCCAUGGUCUCAUUUGCACAUUCAGGGAGAGAAGGACAGAAGUCCAGGGACACUCAUUUUCUCUUGGGUGGUUCUAAAAGAAAACCUUUUCCCAAAUAAAGACUC